UAUCCGCCCAUGACGACGCAUUGGAGCCGGCCCUUGAGCUGCACAUGGACAUACGUCUACGACAGCAACCUGCCGGCGGGGGUCUCGGAGCCGAUUGCGUAUCUGGAUCUGGAACCCCUUCCCGGAGCCUCGACCCUGUCGUGUUAUCCCGAUGGCAUGUUCUACGACGGACGCACCGGCGUCUUCAGCCCUGCCACGUGCCCCCAUGGAUGGACGACGGUGUCUCUCGCGGUCAACACGGACCAGAGCGUGGAGGAGGCAACCACCACGGCUCUGUGCUGCUCGUCCGAAUAUUCUUAUGCAGGCGGACAUUGCAAGCGCCAGGUUCCUACGGUGCUGGCGGUCCCCAUCAUCUACAACCACACUGCCGCCACCUACGACGUCUUGACCAACUCGACCACGACGCUCUACAGCGCCACCAUUGCCGUCAACACCAUCCGUGCGCUCUUCAGGGAGCAGGACAAGCCGAUGCUGGGCCUCACAAACGAGGAUGACAUUGACGACGAACCGGAGGACGACCGCGGCCUAUCGCUGGGCGCCAAGAUCGGAAUCGGCGUUGGUGUCGCCCUCUUCGGCCUGUUCGCCCUUGGAGCGGGCAUCUUUCUCUACUUGUGGGGGCGAGAGCGCAGGAAGAAGCGUCGCACAGGUCAGACGUCGCACGAGCUUGGUGUCGUGCAGCGAACACAGGGGCAAAUGUACGGCACCAGCUCGCCGCUGGGCUCCCAUCCGCGAGCUCGGGCACGCGAUGCCGAGCCGCCGCCAGCUUACGACUUUACGCCCGAAACCAAUAGCAUCGCAGAUGAUGAUGAUGAUGACGCUGCUGGCGUGCACGCGUCCGUGGCUCGAGACGGCGAGAUUCAGGUCCUGAUGGCCCAGAAGGCGGCGAUCCAGCGGCGUAUCGAGGAGUUGGAGAGGGCGUCGGGAGACGAGAGUCGAGAUGAGCCUCGCGAGAGGUGAUGCUCUUGCUGUUUGAUUGUGA